CCGCCGGGUUGCCAGGCGGCAGGACGGGGACACAAUGGGGUCGGGGAGUUGGCCGGGACACCCACUUGCCUUCCCAGCCGGUAGCCACAGGAGCAGGUGCUGCGGGCCGUAGAGGACCCACCGCGCCAUGGGCUCGGACCUCUGGGUCGGUCCCUGGCGACCGCACCGGCCCCGCGGCCCCAUCGCGGCGCACUACCGGGGCCCGGGACCCAAAUACAAGCUGCCCUCCAACACCGGUUACGUGCUGCACGACCCCUCGCGGGCCCGCGCCCCCGCCUUCACCUUCGGCCUGCGCCUCCCCAAGCAGCAGGUCUCGUGCAGCCCCGGGCCGGGCUACUUGGUGCCGGCGCGCAUGACGGUGCGCGGCUGGGACGGCACCCCCGCCUUCUCCAUCUUCGGCCGCCAGCGCCACGCCGCGCCCAGCCUCACUCCCGGACCGGGCAGGUACUUCCCGGAGCGAGCGGGCAACGCCACGUACCCCAGCGCGCCUCGACACACCAUGGCCCCCCGAAACUGGGGCGUGCAAGCGGAGCACAACAGCCCAGGUGAGACCACGCGGGUCCGUUACCGCUGCGAGGCCCUUCCCACCCGGCCCCGCGGCCACCGGGCUCACCCCAGGCCCCCUCGCUGGCUGCUCCCAGGUCCCGGCUCCUACACGGUGCCCUCGGUCCUGGGCCCGCGAGUCAUCAGUAAGGUCUCCGCCCCCACCUACUCUCUCUACGGCCGCAGCGUCGUGGGCAGCUUCUUCGAGGACCUCAGCAAGACCCCAGGUCCCGGCACCUACCACGUGGUGAACCCCGGCAUCUACAAGUCUCGGGCCCCCCAGUUCACGAUGCAGCCGCGGACGGCGCUCCCCCAAGACAAGAGCCAGAACCCCGGGCCCGCAGCCUACAGUGUGGACCAGGUGAUCCGGGGUCCCGGGGCCAGGGGCCAGGGUCUGAUCCGGGGGAUGAGAGUCCGGGUCCAGGAUGGAGGGUCCGACGCCCGAGGUUUGGGACCGGGGCAGGGGUGGGGGUAAAGGGGAGACAGGACGGGGACCCUGGCGCGGAGCUGCAGGGUCGGCCUGCGAGAUCAGCGGCGUCUCCUGGGCCCCCAGCACCGGAAGCCCCGCGGCUGGAGCUUCGGGAUCCGACACUCCGACUACGUGGCCCAGACCUUGGCCGAAGUGGAUGACUGAUGGGCCGGCGGGCGCGGCCCCACAAACCUCUGCUUAAAGCUUCGGGAACCAGCCGGGUGUCCGCCUCUCUGUGCGCCGGGCCCGGAGAGGGCGAGGGGGCGGAAGGGCGGGGAGCGGGGUGCGGCGAGUCCGGGAAGUCGAGUCCCUGGGGCCUGUGAUUGGCCGGAACCAAAGAAACCAAAAUCGAAAGCCGCGUCUCCAGACCCCGGUAGACGAGCUGGUGCGAGCUUCCUGCCCGGGUGCCAAGCUUGCAGUUUGGACCGUAGUCAGGGCACCUACAAGUCAGCCAAUGAGUGCAUCGAUAAGUAAAAUAACUACUUUACGUUUCUCUUUUCCUCUCUAAAAUCCAAUAAAAAAAUAUCCUCGGGUGAGAAUUGAAAACAAAAAAACCUGGGGGGGGGGGGGUGAGGGGUCAUGUGGGGAUAAGGACACGUAUGUAAUAACUUAAUCAAUGAAAAUUUAAAAAAUAAAAAUAAAGAAACCGCCCUGGCCUGUGUGCUCAGUGGUUAGCGCGUGGGCUUACGCACCGAAGGGUCGGGGGUCGCGGGUUAGACGCUGGUCCGGGCAGGUCCCUGAGUUGCGGGAUUCUCCCCACCCCCUUCCUCCCUCCCUCCCACUCUCCCUGAAGAACAAUGGAAAAGAUAUCAUGUGAGGAUUAACAAAAAAACACGUAGUCACUAAUUUUUGAAAAACACAUCAUCCCGCCUCCUCGAGGCGGCGAUUGGCCCAGAGUCCUA